UAAAGAAAUAGUUUAACGAAUGGAUAUCUUUCGGGAUAAAAUCUUAUGGAAAUCAAACAACACGGAACAAUCGUUUUUUUCUUUUCCAUAACGUCGGAAUUCUGAAUAAUGAGAACAUCUUUGAUUAUUUCUAUCAUUUUUAAUUCCCGUGUUGUAUGUGUUAACUUUAGGUUGUCAGUUCAGUGUUCGACUUUAGUUAUAUUAUCUCAGUGGUUUUAAUUUUUAUUCGAGUGUAAAAUGUAUCUUUGAAUGUUGUACUUGUAAGUUUUUUACUUUUAUUGAAUGUAUGAUGAUUGCAGGCUUGCCGGUAUAUUUCCUGCUAGUUUUAAGUACUACACAAAAUCUAUUAUGUGUUUCAUUAUAUGUUAAAUUGGUCAGUUAACACCGUAUUAGUUUGCAUUGAAUUAGUCUUAAAAUAAUUUAAGAUAGGUUGAUAAAAACUGAAUAUACGGGCUUCUAGUUUGUGUGCUCUUUCCACUAAAGAUAUCAGUAACCUUAAACAAACUUAUAUCAUCUCAUAUACUUAAACUUUUGUUCUGCUCUGUCGCAGUUAACGAUGUUGUCACUUGUUUAUUCGGGCUGGCACUUUCGGCUAUAUGGAUAGAUCAGAUUUCCAUGGAUUCAUCACUGUCUACUCAUUACUAAUAGUCGGGAUUCUGUCGGUCAAGUUCACAACGUAGCUAUAUCUUUGGAUCCUUUUCUCAAAGAAAGUCGUGUAGUACACACACACAAUAAUACAGUAAUGCAAUUUGUAAUGGUUUUUGGAUGAUACCUUUGUUGAUAUUUUUGACUGGAUUUUGAUCAGUCUAAGUUAACAUAUGUGCAUCCUAUGCAAAUUACCUCUAUAUAGUCAUUGUCACGAGUUUUUCUAUAAUAGAUGGGAUGUGGCUAACAGUGGAAUCGAAAAUGUUCCUUUCGUCAUAUUUCGUACAUUUUAGCUGGGUGUCCCUGGAUCCAAGAGUUAUUCUCUACUUCCGGAUUCGGACUUAGCUAUUUUAGCUUCAAACACCUAACACGUUAUCUAUUUAUCUGCUGAGUCUAGAUAGCUACUCAGCUAUGCAACUAAAAUCUAAUGUUUUUUUUUGAAAAUCAUAUAUGAUCAUUUUAUGCAAAUCUUACUUGUUUUGUUUAAUAACUUUGACUCUUUUUAAAAAAAGUAAACUAAGUUGGUUAUAUGAACCGAAAUAUUGAAAAUCAUCAUUUCAAAUCUCGCUCAGUACUUCGUUUGGCAAUUUUUUCGACGUCUUUUACAUAUACAAAAUGUUAUGUUUCGGGAUACAAAUAUCGAAGUUGUUCUCAAUGUAAUUAGAAAACAUUGUUUCUGUGAGACAUUUGUAAAGAGAGACGCGACAUUCCAUGAUAUCACUUUUUUGCAAAUUACAUUGACAUCCUUAAACGAAUAGACAAAAUCGAAUGAAUCCAGUGUGUUGUAUUCAUAAAUUUAAAUUAUUUGAUCUGAGAAAUUAUGAUUAAGUGCUGAAUUUUCCAAAUAAGAAUGGUUUUAUGACUAUAUUAUCAAAUUAUCUUUCAUAAUAUCAGAUGAAGUUGAACUUACUUAAAAAUCCUUUCUGAAGGAUGUAACCGAGAAGGCUGCAUAGAUGUUGGCGAAAAUCUUGAGGAAGAUGAAAGAUAAGUUUAUUAUCAAUAGUGAUCUUUAAGGACGUCCUUAACCAUCGGGUUCCGUUAUCCCAAGACCAUACAGGCUCCUAAAAGUAUACAAUAAUGUCUUUCUGCUUCUCAUACUCGGUGUUAUCAACUUUUCUCACUAUUUGAAUGUUAAUUGGCUAACUGAAGAUAUACAGCCAGUCAGAAGUCACGUCAAUAGAUACAAGGUACUGGUUUCAUUCAUCUUUGUCCAGUGAUUAAUAAAAGUCAAAAAGUGAUAUCAUUGAAUAUCGCUUCUCUCUUUACAAAUGUUCCACUCGCAAUAACAAUGUGUUUUCAUGUGACUGUAUUAAAAAAUAACAACUUCCAUAUAUUUAUCUUGAAACAUUAUCUGGAAUAACUACUUCAAUGCACUUAAAUGACUGUUCAGAAUUUAAAAAUAUAGAUAUAUGAAUGAUGAAUAUUAGUGGUAAGGUGAUGGUUGGAGGUAGUCGACAGGAAACCCUGGACCUAGGUUUUGUGCUACUCUUCACUCGUCAGCAAGGUCUACCUGUAAUCUUGAACGGACGGAAACUCGCUGACGGAUUCUAUGCUAUGUUACUCAGCUUCAAAGUCAGAGAUGUUACAACUGAGCUCGCCGGGUAGCUACUGACCUCCUGUAAGAAUGAGAUGUAUUUACAGCUGAUUGAUCACUAGGUAGAUUGAAAGUAUAUCUUGCUGACACGUACCACAUAGCAUGAAAUUUAGGUCCACGGUUUCCUGUCGAUUACUGUUCAAUUAGGCUAGUGUUUAAUAGAAUUCGAUCUGCAUUAAGAAAGACUUGACAUAUAUGACAUUGGUCACUACUCAGUGAUCAACCUAUUGUAAAAACAUGUUAAGUAAUAUUACCGACUAAUAAAAUUGUUCUAGACUACUUAGGCAACGUUUUAUGCUGUUCAGUUUUAUUGUAAAUGAAUUUGUUAAUUAAUAAGUAGUAAUAAUAAUAACCUAUUUUAAUGAUGUCCACAAACAAAGAUAUUAUUUUUCUACAGAGAAAAAUUAUCGUGUGAUUAAGCAUUCUGUUCUCUACCGGUUAUAUUUGUCAAUCAAAUGAAGUAAAUCGUGCUAUAUGGUGUUGAUACAUCAUCGUCACCUUUUGUUUUCAAUUCAUGUCUAUGAAUUUCUGAUUAUAAAUAUCUAAUAGGUGUAAAUAUAUACACAAAUUUAUACUAGAUUGAAUCUUAUCAUAGUAACACAAGUGAAAUUUUCUGUUAGUUUAUAAAAUAUUUCUUUUGUCUUGUGUUAAUGUUUUGUUCAGUGUUACCGAAUCCUAUGCAUUACACCAUCUUUGUGUGUUUGUGACCGUGUGCAUACACACUAUAUCUUUGUUUUUCUGAAUUUUCAUUCUAAUUGUUUAUAUCAUAUAAAUGCCUACACUUUUUUAUGUAGAAAGAAUUACUGCUAUAACUUCCUUUUUGUGAUUAUCGUUGGUUGGAUUGUUACUUUUCGUAUGAUAUACACUGAUCACGAUAGCUUUUUUUGGUUUUCAAAAAUAUUUUCAGAUAGUGAAACAGAAAAAACAAGUUUUAUAGUUGAUUAGUGAGAUUUAGAUUUUCAAUUACAGUUUUAAGUUAUACGUCUAAUAGUAUGAUAUAAAAAUAUCAACAUAAUUUGAAGCGGAUCCAAAUCGUCUACGAUUUAGUCUGAAAGCAAACUGAGUUUUAGAUAAACAUUGAAUAAUUAUUGAUACUAGGAUUUUGGAAAGCACAUUAGUCGAGAUAAUUCCUGUAUUGAUUACCAAAAGAUUCCUUUCCUUUCAUAUAAACUGAGAUGAUCAAAAAUUGACUUAAUAUGAACCUGCUAUUAAGUCCCGAUGAGACUGGUGGAUAUUGAAAAAAAAAACAAAUCAUAUCACCUUUUGAUCUGCUUGAAUUGCUGAGAUUUCCGUUUGGACUUUAGAAUGAGGCUCAAACCUUUCAUAGUUUUGUGAAUAAGAACACCAGAGGAGUUGGUUCUGUUUUUUUAAAUUAAAUAGACGAUAUUUUAAUCACCAGUUCCUUACCGAACAAAUAUUUCAAGUACCUCCUGACUUUAUUUGAAUUUUUUCAACUUUACUUGAUAGUCAUCAACUCCACUAAACAAAUUUUUGUGUUCCUACCUUAGAUUUUCUAGGACAUCACAUUGACUCACACGAAACCAAAUCUUCACGUGAAAAGGUUGCCACUAUAUUAAGCUACUCCUAACAAGAUUCUAGUAAAAAGUUAUGGCAUUUUGUGGCUAUGUUGGAUUUCUAUCGGCACUCGAUACUUGAAUGUAGAGCCAUCGUAAAACCUCUAUCCAAACUGCUCAGAGGGAAUAAAGAGGAAUUCAAUUUCUCUCAUUAAGUGAAGACUACCUUUUGGGACGCGAAAACAACAUUAUCGAGUGCUCCUAUGUUGAAACACCUAAAACUCACUCUACAACUCAGUUGGUCUUAUAAAUUGAAGCAUUAACAACUAAACGAUGAAAUCACUCGUUUGAUACUUUUAGAAAUGCCUAAAUUCUGCUCAAACACAUCUUCACGCGUUUAGUCAUGAUCUAUCGACCGUUUAUUUAUCAGUUGAAAAUUUUGGCCAUUUUGUCUCAAGGUCACGAUUUCACGAUUCUAGCAGACCCCAAAUGUGUGUGGUAUUCGUUUAUUACCUCAUCUGAUAAGCACUGAAAUCGCGUAAUCAGAUGGCUAGAUUUGACAUAUCAGUUCACCACUGAUAUCACAUCUGUCGAACGUAAUAAUAGAUGCAUUAUCUAUAAGCGAAGUCAACAUAGUUAUUCAACAAAGUGACAUGGCUAAGCUCCAGUUAGAUAAUCCAAAUUUGAGAGUCUCUAUUGAAUAGUCUAAUUUAAUCCUUAGGACCAAUCCUACUCCAUUUUGGGAUUCUAUCUUUGCGUUCCACCCGAUACCGCUUAUUUUUGUCAUAGUAACGAAGAAAAUGUUCAGCGUCUCCAUUCUCCAUCACUCCCCUAGCAUUCGGGUCUCGGUGAAUUUUGUAACAGAUCGUUCCGUUUGGGCAAUAAUGAAUGUUGAGAUUAAGUGUUUGAAGUUACUUGUACUACCAGCAAAGUGAGAUUCAUUGACACACAACUGUCUAACCAGAUAAGUUUUAAACGUCUUCAGCAAAUACAUGUCAACUAUCCAAAUCUCCCACAUAUACGUGUAUAGACGUCGACUGCCUCACCAAAUGUGGGAUUGUAUGUCCUUAUAAUGAUACCUUUGCCGAAACUGUUACUUCUGUGUUCUUGGAUGAAUGGAUUUUCAACUUUGGUGUUAAUUACACUAUCACUACGGAUUGCGGAUCCAAGUUUCAAUCGAUAUUGUUUCAUGAGGUCACCCUUCCCCUAGGAGUCCAUUAAUUUACUACCAUGGUCUACCGAGUAUAGAAUAGUUCAGUGGGAAUAUUCCACCUCCAAUUAAAAAGCUCGCUAAUGUCACAACCUGAUACGACAAACUGGAGUGAUCCCUCACCAUUAGCUCUCCUUGAACUCCGAUGUACAAUUAAAGACAAGCUAUACGACAGACAAACUAAUAUUCGACACAACAUUAGUUUCAUCCUUCUAGUUAAUCAGUAAAAAGGAUAGAAAAAAACCGAUUGAUCACGUUUCUCAAUCAACUUGUUAUAAGAUAUUCUGGAACUCUAUCCAUUUUACCCAUGCAUACACUCAUCACAAGCAAUUCAUUAAACAUCUCAGUGCAAUUAUCUACUCACUGAAAUCACCAACGCCUUGUACGUAACAAAAAAGUAUCCCAUAAUCGGAAAACAAGGCACUAAGGGAACUGCUUUCAUUGACCUAUGCAAACCAUUUUUUUUUAUGGCCAACGAACAGAAAAAGUACCAUUAAGAUAGAUAAACAUGUCCUUCCUUCUGAACCACCGAGGUCUAAUGGCAUACCUCUUCAAGCCCAUACCGUACAACUAGAAGUUAAAGGAUAGUAACUAAACCCAAUCGCUAUGUAAGUUUUGUCGACGAACUUAUAUUUGUAUUAUCUUCAGUAUAUGUUCAAGGCAAAUUAAUUUAGCAUUGAAUAUUUACAUGGCAACCAUCAAUACCGUUUUCGCAUUGUCGAUCCAUCCAUAUGUUGUCACUUGUAUUAGUUAAAACUUGUCUUUAAAUACUGCUUUUACCUGGUUUUUAUAGCCGAGUAAAACGAUUUUUUGUUAACAAUUUAAAUAUAUUAGCCUCUGAUUAAACACUAAAUACAUCAAACAUCCUUAGAUUAUCAAAUUCCGUUACAAUUAUUUAUUUCUGGGAGACAGAUUGGAAUUUCUUUGGAUUUGAUACUUGAAACUGAAAUUAUUGUAUUUUUACUAUGGUUAGUUUUUAUUGUCCCUUCGGAUUACUUUAUAAUAAAAACGAGGUAUAAUGGUAAUGAUGUUAAUAAAUUAUUUGUCCUAUUCGACUUCUUAUGUACCCUGUUGACAAGUAUCAUUAAUAACAAUGCUGAUAUAAAAUUUAAAUACAAAAGUAAUUGAUAAACGUAAAUGUUUAACAUUCGAUAAUGUAGAUAAACGAUAAGAGACGAAAGAAAUGCAUGUGAACUUUAUUGGCAAAUUUAACUAAAUUUUAUUAAACGCGAUCCAACAUUUAUUAUAAUCAGACAAAAAAAGAAAUCUACAGAGAUGUGGUGAAUAAAGAAAGUGAUGAACAUUUAUGCUCACACACCCUCAUUAAAAGUAAUCAAGUUAACGACUUUAUGUGUACAUCAUAUCUCAAAAAGAUUAGAUUCCCUUGGCUUGUACCAAAAUAUCCCCAGAACUCCUUGCCUUCAGUAUGAAGAAUUUAGUUCAAAAAAGUGACUGUAUUCAAAGAUAAAUUAACCUGAAAGAUAUACGAAGAACAUUGAAUAAGCAGAUAGAAAAAUGUACUAUUUCAUUGAUGGUACAAUAGUACGUGAGGAAUAAGUUUAUGAGACUAUAAUACCAUACGUCCUUUAAGUAAAUAAAUGUACGGAUUGUCUAUAUGGAUGGUCAAUAAGUAUGUUACAUCAUGACCUAGUGAAUAGACGUAUAAAAUUUACGGAGCAAAUGUAUGUGAAAAAAAAACACAACAUGUUGGUAUGAUUAAUUCAUAAUUGUGUGACAAAAUCACGAUAAAUCGUUUAUUGUUUUUUGGAGUACGAAAGCUCGAUAAACCUCAGCAGAUGAAUCAAGAAGAAUUUUAAUAUGACAAAAAUUGAUCUUUGGUACAGACAGAAUGAAUGUGAAGGCGAUGCAUUAGGCCAAUCAGGAAUCUGUCAAAUGAUAAGUACAAGCGAUUGAUCAAGAAAUAACUUACAUUUCCUGGGAAUAAGACACAGCAUUGGUUAUUAUAUAUAUAUAUAUUUAUAUAUGAUGCAGGUGCUUAAUAAAACUGUAGUACAUUAUUUACUUUGUCUCCUCAUUCUUUUUUUCUAUAUCUAGAUGGCCAAGGAUAAAAAGUCUCCAAAUACUAUUGGUAAGCUAUAUCCGUUAUUAUUAUUAUGUAGGUAUGAAUACCAAGGUUGGACUUGGGAUAUAACAAAUAAUACAUCUCUUAUUAUGGUUGCAUUUGAACUAAGAUUCUAUUGACUUGGUAUUGUUUUGCUUCUAUCUUCCCAUUGAGGUUUAAGACUGCGAUUAGUCAGUCUGCUAUUGGCAUAUGUGCAUACUGUGUGUAUGCCUCGAUAUUGCCUUAAUUCACAAGCUUUUAUACACAAGGAUGGAUAGUGGCUAACAGUGGAAUCCAGGAUGCGCGUUUCGUCCUAUCCGGGACUCGUCGGCUGGAUGUACCUGCAUCUCAGAGUUGACUCGAACUCAGUACCAUUCUCUUCAAAUGCCAUCACGUUAUCCACUUAGCUACUGAGUCCUAAUAGCCAAUUGCUGAGAUGCAGGUAGAUCUAGCUGAAGAGUCCCAAAUGGGACACAACGCGCGUCCUGAAUUCCACUGCUAGCCACUAUCCAUCCUUGAUUAUAUAAGAUUCUAUUGGUUACUUUCCCCAAAGGUUUUGAUAGAAUAUUUCUUUACAGUUAUUUGUACACUAGGUUACUUUUUAACAAGUUUAGUCUCACAAACUUCUCAUCACCGUUUUAAAUUUAGUAUACUUACUGUACUAGUAGCAUUUAAUAAAAGCAUAUUAUCAUCACAUACAUUGAUGCAUGGUAAUGGCUGGUGUAGAUAUAGUUCUGAGGAAAGCUAGGAACGGUCAAACCAAAACAUUGCAUCAGUCCAUGAAGUUGUUGAUUAUUAAACGGGGCGGUGUAGGCAAGUCUAUACUACCUGUUUUAGGUCUGCAUAAUUUGCAUAACCAAUGAUUAGAGACUAAAUGAAAUGUUUCAGAAUCUUUAGCAAUGGUGCAGUUGCAUUUAAUCUUUCUCCUCCCUUGGAUUCUAAGUUUCUUUUUGAUUUUGACAAGUUUUUUAACCUACUCCACAAAUCCUUUUUUUUCCAUCAUGCCCAUUUUGUGGUCAUAAUUUUUUUUACCAUCAAUAAUACUAUUUCCACUUAUAGCACUCUCUGUACUUAUGCGGUGUAGCAACUUCAACUGAUGGAAAUUUGUGCCAGUUUCUACAUUAUAUAUGAAUGACUCACUAAUUCUACCUAGUUCAUUAUUUCCAAUAAAUCAGACUGAAGCAUUUCUAUAUACUUUCUGUUUACUAUGUUAUACAUUUAAUACUACAGAGUGCAUACCAUGUAUGGUCUAAUGGUAAGCCUCAGCAUUUGAUCCUUUUAAACCGGACAGCGUGUGUCCUACUGUACUUCCAGAAAAUUCAUUGAUUGGAGCAGAUUUCGAUGCUGUACGUUAAACUCUAAGUAACACAUUGUAAAUGUUGUUUUUUGAUACUAUUAGUUUUUAUUGAUUUCCCACUAGGUAUUUUAAUAAUUUCAUAGGAAUAAGAUUACCAUAGUUUUUCUGGCAUUUUAUUAAUCAAAGCUUGAUCCAUCUUCACAAAUUGUAUGCGUAAUUGUAGCAUAGAUAAACCAUUCGUUCUGAUCCUGGAGACAUUCUUUCUACAUUUUUACUCCUACAGUUUAAUAAGGUUAACCGUUACGAAUCGGGCUUUAUGUGCAGUUCAUCUGCUUACUAUUUGUAUCAAAUACAAUCAACAUCGAACAGUCUACUUAUUGGAGCUCAUAUACUAACACAAACUGACCACAGUUAAUCAUGAAUAUCUACAACGGAAAAGGCAAACUACUUCACAAAUAAAAAUUGUCUCUGUUAACAUUAUUAAUAAUAUUUAUUAAUAUGAAAUGCGAAUUCGAUUUAUUUGAAAUGCUUUAUAUAAAGAAAUACUGUAUGCAAUAUAAACAGAUUAUCAUACAUAAAACUUAUCAGUUAAAUUGCUAGUGGUAAUUACUUUUCAAAUUCACAAAUAACAAAUAGGUAUUUGGACCUUCCAACGGUGAGCUAUCGAACAUGACUGAUCCGUUUGGUAGUGAUCCAUUUACACCUUCAAGUACCUCAUUUAUGAUGAAUACAGGUAUGGUUAAUAACAGAGAAAUAAAGAAUCAUAUGAAUUCUGUAAAGAAGUCUCCACCACCUCGACCAAAAACUCAACCAACUCCUGGUAAAUCUAUUCGAGCUUUCAAAGUAGGUGUUGUUUUCUUGUUAUUGAAAAUAUUGUGACGUAAACAUACAAGAUUCUCUUUGUGUUGGUUUGUUCUUUUUUUAUUAAUUUUUUACUUUGUUUAUCUCAAGGAGUAAUGCCACGAUGUAUAAGGAGCUUUUUGAUACUAUUUAAUCAUAAAGUUUGUCUCCUAUUUUUGAUUGUUCAGUCCACUACUUAUUUAUAGCAGUUGUUUUCAGAUGCUUCAUAUGCUCUAGUUAGUAACACCUGUCUAGUUGAUGUUAUUCGGUUGUGGAAUUUGAUUGAAGAACUGUCAGCAUCAGAUUAUACCAACAUUAGUUUUAGAGAUUUAUAUGUCUAGAAAACUCACUGCUUAUGAUUUUUGAUAUCUGUUUCACUUAUGGUAUUCUUCCGAAACAAACUCAAAAUUUCUGAAUGCUCUUAUUACAAAUUAGUUUCUGAGUUGUCUUCUUUAAAUGAAGGCUUCAAAAAGAUAAACAGGUAAAAGAAUACGAGAUGUCCACCUGUCAAUCAAAGUUCGGGUUUACUGAAUACCAAUCUUCUGUUUAUUUUUAUGGAUGUGAAACAUGUUUAUUAGGGAUAGAUAUUUAUAGAUUGCUAAUACUUGACAAUAGAUGUCUUCGAAGCAGUGUUCGUGUUUUGGAAACACAAGGUAAGCAAUGCCUAGGUUAGGCAUAGAGCACAAGUUCAAGAUGUUGAUUCGGUUGGUGGGGUAACGAAUUCUCAUCAUCUGACGUGGUUGGGACAUGUGUUACAUAUACCCAGCUACUGCCUACCUUGACGGGUGAUGUUGUUUGGUGUAAGGGUGAGCUGGAAGAAUCCGAGGGGCGGUCAAACCAAAACACCGCAUCACUCCAUGAAGUCACUGACAAUUGGACUGACUCGUGUGUUAACAGGUGUAAAAUACCUGAUUGAGGCCCACAUGAUUUUCGUAACCAGUGGUUAGAGACGUAGAAUAAUGUGGCUCAUAAUCGUUUACAAUAGUUCAAGUGUAUUCACUCUUCAUCUUCACUUAGUUUCUGAAUCAUGGAAUAUCUUUGUAUUACUUUGUUUUACAUCUAAUCUUUUCUGCAAUUACUGCUAAUACUACCACCACUUUUAAUAAUCUGGGGCUUGUCUUGAUAGAUUUAUCUCUCUGUCAUAAUGUCGAAACUUGAGCCGACGCAUGUAUUUGUCAGGUUCAAUAUUCCAUUUUACUGACUGACACAGAAGUUUAGUACAUAUAACUUCCUUUAUAUGAUUGUAAAGCGAAAAAAUAAAUAUUUGUGCAGAUCGACAUGAAUCUGUGUUAGUAAUUAACAUCAGUUUGGCGUCAGUCAGCCUGAAUUCAGGGCUGUAAAGAAUUAAAGAGUUAAUACAAUAAGUAAGUUUAAUGUUAUCAGAAUAAGGGGAAACUGUUGUAUUUACUAUGUCUUCCAUAUUCUUUGGAUUCAGUAGACGUUUACUAUUUUAUACAUCAUCUAAAUCACUACAAAAUAUUACAAUUAAGAAAUCAUAAUAUCUACAUAAUUCGAACAACCUCAAUGAUAGUUCCUAAUUAUUUGAAGAUAAUUUAAGAAAGGUAGAACAUAUGAUAAUAGUUUGUAGAUAGAAUGAAAGCUUGUGACAAGAAUUUCAUAACUACACAAUGAGAUGGCAUACAAUAAUUAUUCUUAGAAUAAUUCUAAUAUUUCCAUCCAUUAGUUGUCCCGAUAUAUAUAUAUAUAUAUAUAUAUAUAUAUAUAAUAUUUUAUUGAUGUCACGAGCAGAUUCAUUUUAAUGAGCUUCUGGAAACGUGAAAAAAUGGAGGCUGCUUUGUCCUAGUGUUACGGAACUCCUUGUCUGUAAUCAUCCGGGAGUCGAGUUUUGAACUUUCGGUAUACACUUUUCUAUCUCCAAUUGAUUCAUUAUGUUUCACCAAUGUUUUUAGUGGAUUCGAUUUCCGGCUACGUAAUAUCAUGAAUUGACUUAAUUUAAACUUGUUUACAGUUGGAUCGUGGCUCAGAGUGUCCAGUAGUCUAGUCUUUGCGUUUAAUACCGAAUGUUCUGUUUUCGAUCCUCAGCCUUGUAGAUGCUGACUGUUUUGUAGUACAAUACUAGGACUAAAUGCGUGUACAGUGCUUUAAGGCUUUCAGUGGUUUUCCAACUUAGAUUGGUUCUCGAUAUCACCGAAAUUGGACAAAUUAACAAUUCGCAUGGUGAUAUUGAGUACUAAUGAUACUUUUAUAUUCCCUUAUUUUAUUUUUACAGUCUGUGGAUGAUAAUUCUAACUUUCCUACUUCAGUUCAUCCCGCUAACUUUGAUGGAGAUUUUACAGACUUUAAUAAUUCAUCAUCAUUAUCGUCAACAAUGGCUACUAUUCCAUCAAGAUAUCGUAAACAUUCAGUUAGUGGCGUUACUGGUGUUGGCGGUAGUAAUUCAAUUAAUCAGAAAUCAACAUUCUCUCUAAAAUCGAAACCUUCUGGUAAAAGUAUAAAAAAGGAUCCACAAAAUUCCCCAUCAUCAUCUUCACCAUCAUUAAUAAAUAAAAUAAAGAAUAUGAAAUCUGCGAGUGGUGGCAGUGAUGUUCCGUUAUCUGAUGAAGCAAGACUCUCAUGGGCUAUCAUUGAAAGUCAACGUCUUGCACAAAUCGAGGAAGAAGCUCGGAAACAAGAAGAAGCUGAUCUCGAACUGGCACUUCGUCUAAGUAAACUAGAUUCAUCAAAUCGACAUUAAGAAACAUAAAAAGAGUCGAUUGCCACUUUUAUUUCCAUCUAUGAAAACCUAGAAAAUAACAGUCAAAAAACGUGUUGUCUUCUCAUUCAAUGAUUUUAUUACUCCAUAUUCAUUUUUAAUUUAGGUUGGGUUAACUGUUCAACUCCUUUUUCUUGCAUAUAAAUACAUGAUUUUUUACGUACGAGACAUACAUCAAUUUAUUCGUUCUUUUUUUUGCUAAUAUGAAUUAGAAAAAAAAUAAUAAAAUUAUAGAAAGGAGAGCUAAAGAGAAAAAAAUUGUUGUCUUGAUGAGUACAAAUUCUGUUGAAUAUAGAAGUUGUAUUUACAGUAUUGUACAAUGAUUAAUGUAAAUCAUUGCGGUUACAUAGAUGAUUUGUCAUAUGUGUUAUUUUAUUUGUUGAAAUAUGGAAUAUAUUUGAAAUGUUUGCUUAAUAUGAUAAUAAAAUAGAAAAGAUUAUGUUGUACACAACCAAAUACAUUUAUAUACUUAUACAACGGUUACUUACAAUAAUAAUAUUAUUAGUCUCUAGUUCCUUAAACUUCAAAUUUUUACUAUGAGUUAUAUAAUUUAUUAUUUAUGAAACAAGGUUUGCAUAACAUUUAACUUCAUUAUUACACGCAUAUACUUUGAUUAAUAAUUACUUAUUCUAUGGAUUGAUUAAGAACUGUUGCAUUGAAUAUUGUAGUAACGUUGGUUUUCAGAAUAAAACUAAUUAUCUACGUAUCUAAUUGUUUCAUUAAAUCUAACAUUGGUUGCACUUUCGAGACUAACACAAUUUUCAAAUAUCAGAGGGGAAAUCGGGUCUUUUUCACUCAUGUUGCUACAUGUAGUUCCACAUCUCAGCGCUUUAUAUCAACCAAUGUAAAUAUGUUUUGUGUUUAUUUUGGGUCCUUAAUUUGUUAACAUCAUGUCAUCGAGUCGGAUAUUGCAGUUAGUUGUGACAUUUUUCAAAAAGUAGGUACACUCGAUCACAAAACAUCAGGUUUCAUUGUUCAUGCACCAACCUUAAUAGAUGACUACAUGGUUGGCUUACAAAAAUUCAGCACAACCGUUAUUUUUGCUUCAGUUCAUUAUUCGAAACCAUCCACAUAGUAUGGUUCUCAAAUGGUAUGUCUCAAUACUCCGAGACUGUUAGCUAUAGAUAUUAAUAUUGGUCAUUUACAACGGAAGACCUAUUGGUUUGUUGCACUGAUGGAUUGAAUUAUCUUGCAAGCUUCGCAAAAGUUUUAUGAUGUAUAAGUUCUUGACACAUGUACAAAUUGUUUGCUGCAUCUAACUAUAUAGCUUCCUACAGGUACAACAUGUUAGAGAUAAUUUUGUUUUGGAUGGAAUUCUGUUUUUAACUCAAUAAUUCAUUAAAUGCAUACUUUUCGCGAUCCCCGUGUAAUGUCUUAAUUUCAUGUGCAUUUUUGGGUUUUUUGCGAGUUAUUAGAAUUAUCUAAUCUGACAAACAUAUUUUUUUAAUCUAAAUUACGGAAUGAAUAAAUGCUUUCCAAGAUGGACCAGUAAAGUUGAUUACUCCAUUAGAAUUACAUGUGUUUAUAGUCGAAAAGGCCUAACGACCAGUAUACUAUUAUUUAGUGAAAACGCAGUUCAUCCGACUUAGCCGGAUACCCAUGCAAUAAUAUAUGAAGAAUUUGCCAGUCAUUCAUGAAAAACUAUAUCGUGACACGGACUUCGUGCCUAAUAUUAGUGCUUCUGAUGUAAAAAUAAGUAUACUGAAUGAAGACAUAUGAUACUAAACAAAUAAGCUUGCGCUAUGUUGUCAAAUGUUACUGUUGCACGAAGUAGCAAACUAAACACAAAAAUGGUUAAUGAAUUGCUAACAUAUCAAGGAAGCAAUGCAGAAUUUCUUUACAAAGGAUUCGAAUGGCAGUUCCUAGCUGGCAGCCAAAAGACAACAAUUUCCAGUCUCUGCGUGUUGUAAUGUCGAGUUUAUUUGAACUAGGUAUUACUUUCAAUGGCUCGAGAUCAUACAGCAAUAAAAAUUCCCAAUUUCAACUGAAUCAAUGUAUAAAGCCCAGAUCAAAGAACAUUAAGCGCCACAAAAUAGUUUUUUCAUGAGUUUGUAGCGUGGUGUCGAGUUGAGAUUAACUAUGAACACCGCUACCAAGAAACACGUGCCAAAUAAAUCAGAAGGCGUAGGUUGAACGUAACCAAAUAAAUCCAUGAAAUCCCCGAGAAGCCAAAUAUCAGAAGGCAGUUAACGGACCAAGUCGAGUUAUAUUUGCUGGCGAUCUCGUGGCAUCGAAAGGAUACCGAGAUCGUGCCAGGAUACAAGCUUGGUUACAGAACGUAACCGAACUCACGCGAAGUUACAAUCAAAGUGUAAGUAUAAGAAUGGAAGCACAAAAUAGCUGUCAUCAGCACAGUCAAACAAAAGCACACUAAAACAGUCACUGGUACAGUUGGUUAUAAUAAUAAUUGUUUUUAUUAAACCAAUCGUGUUCUCGUGAUAAAUGUGAGUCGCUACAGGAGCCCCCUGCUAGAAAGGGUUUACACAUUCGAUAAAUAGCGGUUUGAAUCGUGGGACUGAUCGGCUGACUAGCGAUUGUAGGACGGAAAGAUUGGCGAACAGGAAAGCGAUCGUUGACCGUCGAUUUGCCAACGAAGGUCGUUUUCGGAGAACGAUACCAGGAGCGAUGUGCCGUAUGUAUUGCUUGAGUUGGCAUGCUACACCAGAGUGGUUUGUAUCCAGAAUCUGAAGAGGGAGUUCGUAGGGGUCCGGACCAGAAACGCUGCAGACGUAGGACGAAACCACGUUGAGCCAAAAGACCAGAAGCGACUGUAACGACCAUGUUCGAGACCAAGCGUAUGCCAAGCAUUCGAAACCAAAAUAUCGACUGAGUGAGUUGACAAGAGCAUGGGUGAUCAGGCCAGCUUUCGCCAAAGUUGACUGAAGUCGACGGAACCAAACGGAGAUGGUCGAAGGCGUGGGCUCAGGAAACAAAAAGAAAAUCAAAAAGAGAAGAGUGUAGCGUGCGUGUAGCAUAGGAAUAACCCUACACCGUAUCGGUUGUUGACUGUGCGAUUAGUCGCGGAAGCGUACGGGCAACCGUACUCGGCGACCGGAACGUGAGACGGCAGUCUCGUUCGUAUCGCGUGAGCCUGCAAUCUCAUCCGAGGUCAGAGGCGGCGUGGUCUGCUGAUCUGGACGUGAGACUAUCGUCUCGUCCGUAGACGGUGCAGAUGACGCGUGCUGUUGACCGGGACGUGAGAAUGAGGUCCCAGAUAUAUCUAACGUGGGAUCUGAAGAUUUAAGAAUCCCGCUAGGUUUGAUAAGUCUAGCAUUGAAUCUCAGGUUAUCAGAUAGGGCACUGUCAUCGACGUGUGCUGGUUUGAGACGAUCAAUGCUGACGAUCUCGACGCGGCCAUGUCGAUCAACCUUGAAGGUCUUUUCGUGACGAGCGAUCACGUGAAAAGGGCCUUCGUAAGGUUGUUGCCAAGGUUUGCGUACCGAAUCUACUCGUAUGAAAACAUGUGAACAGGUAGAUAACUCUCGAGGGAGAGCGACCUGUCGAUGUUGUAUUCGAGUUGACACCGGAGACAGCGUUCGCAUAAAUGCAGACAGUCGAUGGACGUAGUCUGAUUUACCGAAAUUAGGUCUGCUCCGUGAUGUGAAGAAUUCCCCGGGCAGACGCAAUGUCGUGCCGUAUACCAGUUCAGCGGCGGAACAUUGUAUAUCUGCCUUCAAGCUCGUUCUGAUCCCUAAAAGAACGAGCGGUAAGGUUUCGUGCCAGUUGCCGUUUUCGUGUGCUCGUAGAGAACUUUUAAGCUGGCAGUGAAACCGUUUACUUAACCAUUUGGUGCUGGGUGGUUGACAGAUAUGCUUAUGCGAAUGCAUUCCGUACCAAGCAGCCGGGUCAGCGUGGAGAAUAGUCAAUAGGGGAAAAUUUCUCGAAUAAAGCGUGGAAUUCAUCAUCACGCGAAUAAAAAGUAACAAGAGUUCGGUACACAUAAAUGGGAGUCUAGUAUAUUAAUACUAUCCUUAUCGUUAUCCGUCAUGUCGAGUAUAUUAUAUAUUAAAAAAUAUGAAAAUAUACGACAGACGUGGAUAGAUAAAUCAUAGACUCACAGAAUUGGCUUCUUUGGAAGAUUUGACCAGAGGUUGAGGCGUGUUCCAAAAUACGGGUCACCAAUUGUAGCGUGGAGUCGAGUUGAGAUUAACUAUGAACACCGCUACCAAGAAACACGUGCCAAAUAAAUCAGAAGGCGUAGGUUGAACGUAACCAAAGAAACCCAUAAAAUCUCCGAGAAGCCAAAUACCAGAAGACAAUUAAUGGACCAAGUCAAUGUUUAUUUGCUGGCGAUCUCGUGGCAUCGAAAGGAUACCGAGAUCGUGCCAGGAUACAAGCUUGGUUACAGAACGUAACCGAACUCACGCGAAGUUACAAUCAAAGUGUAAGUAUAAGAAUGGAA